AGUCAACAAAAUUCAAGGCAAAGCAUUCGCCACGACACAUACCAUUGAGCUCGAUUUAGUGUGGCAUCGAUCGUCUUCUUGUGAACAUCUUUAAAAAUGAUUUCAGUUGUUAUUUUGUUAAUUUCAUUGGUUUUGAGUGUGCAGUGUGAAGAAGUUACUACUACUUCGACACCCGCACCGCCAGUGACUGGAAAUUUGGGUGGAACAAAAUCGGACCGAAUUGCAUUGUUCGAAGAAUACUUGAACGCUGGCAAACCAGAACAAACAACCGCUUAUCGCGAUGACAAUCCAAUUCUCAAAGAGGUGCUAAAAGAGUUCAAUAAAACCAUGCAAACACAAGUCAAUGGAUAUGCCGUGCAUAAAGCGAUGUUAAUUUCUGAUCAAAAGGAUUGCGAUAGCAAAGCAGUAGACAGAGCCAAUUCGAUUAUGCAAAAAGCGUUCGAUGACACCGUUGAAUGCUUGAUCCUGUUUCGCCACAGAAUUCGAUCGGAAAUCAAAGCUGAGAUCACCAACAUUAGAGAGGUUCCACAAGAUCAACGCGCAUCACUGAUUCUACCAGUCGAUGAAUGCUUCGAAAAAAUGAAGACCAACACAUUCAAACAGUUUGGAGAUAAUACCGCCAAUCAUCUUAUAUGUUCGAAAAAAAUUAAAAUUUAAGAUUGUACAACACUUUUUUGUAACUUUUGAUUGGAAUUGAAAUAAAAUUGCCGUCAUGAGCACUUUGAACUAAA